AACGCUUACACGCUCCUUUGGGAACAGCACCGCUGGCAUUUGCAAUGAGCGAGCGGGCUUGAGUGUGUGACAGGCUCCAGUAGUUCGCUCGGUCUCCGGUACAUGGUUGUGGAUUAGCUAUAUGCUAAUAUCGAUACGAGAGAGGAGCAGCAGCCUGGUGCUGCAAGCCGACAGUGGAGGCUACCCGAGUCUGAGCAGGCUCCUCAACAGCCAUGGCUGAAGGUGGUGAAGGGGAAGAUGAAAUUCAGUUCUUGAGAACUGAUGAUGAAGUGGUGCUCCAGUGUGUCGCCUGCAUCCACAAGGAGAAUCGCAAGUUCUGCCUGACUGCAGAGGGGCUCGGAAAUCGACUGUGCUACCUGGAACCCACAUCCGAGGCAAAGUAUGUCCCUCCAGACCUGUGCAUCUGUAACUUUGUGCUGGAGCAUUCUCUCUCUGUGCGAGCCCUGCAGGAGAUGCUGGCUAAGACGGGCCAGAACAGUGAGGGGGCGGCCCAGGGGGGCGGACACAGGACACUUCUGUAUGGACACGCUAUCCUCCUGAGGCACUCCUUCAGCGCUAUGUAUCUGACCUGUUUAAAGACAUCAAGGUCACAGACAGAUAAGCUGUCCUUUGAUGUGGGGCUGCAGGAGGACUCAACAGGUGAAGCCUGUUGGUGGACCAUCCAUCCUGCCUCCAAACAGAGAUCAGAGGGCGAGAAAGUGCGCAUCGGUGAUGACCUCAUCCUCGUCAGCGUGUCAUCAGAACGAUACCUUCACCUGUCCAUCUCCAAUGGCAACAUCCAGGUGGACGCGUCCUUCAUGCAGACUCUGUGGAACGUCCACCCCACCUGCUCCGGCAGCAACGUGGAGGAGGGUUAUCUGCUGGGUGGCCAUGUGUUGCGUCUGUUCCACGGUCAUGAUGAAGUUCUGACCAUCCCAGGUUCCGACCAGAGUGAUGAGCAACAGAGGAUAGUGAACUAUGAGACGGGGAAUGCAGGAGCGAAGGCCAGGUCUCUGUGGAGGCUGGAGCCUCUGAGAAUCAGCUGGAGCGGGAGUCACAUUCCCUGGGGCCAGCCCUUCCGUCUCCGCCACCUCACCACGGGGCACUACCUGUCCCUGACGGAGGAAACGGGGGUGGUACUGCAGGACCGGGAGAAGUCUGACACAUCCUCCACUGCCUUCUGCUUUAGAGCCUCCAAGGAAAAGCUGGAGUCGAGUCCAAAGCGGGACAUCGAGGGCAUGGGGAUGGCAGAGAUUAAGUAUGGGGACUCAAUCUGCUUCGUCAUGCAUGUGGCUACAGGACUCUGGCUGUCCUACCAGGCGCCUGAUGUAAAAUCAUCUCGCCUGGGCCCUCUCAAGAGACGGGCAUUCCUCCACUCUGAGGGUCAUAUGGAUGAUGGGCUGACCUUGCAGCGGUGUCAGCACGAAGAGUCCCGUGCUGCUCGCAUCAUCCGUAACACCACCCGCCUCUUCAGUCACUUCAUCAGAGACCUAGACUGUCUGGGGGGUAAGAACCGUGCAUCAGUAGCCCUGCCCAUCGAGGAGGUCCUCCAGACUCUGUACGACCUCAUCACCUACUUCCAGCUGCCUGAUGCUGAGCUGGAGCACGAGGAGAAACAGAUCAUGCUGCGCUCUCUCAAGAACCGACAGAACCUCUUCAAACAGGAAGGCAUGCUGACUCUGGUGUCCUGCUGCAUCGACCGUCUGAACGUGUACAACAGUGCAGCCCACUUUGGGGAGUGUGCCGGGGCAGAGGCUGGGGCUUCCUGGAAGGAAAUCCUCAACCUGCUCUAUGAGCUGCUGGCGGCGCUGAUCCGAGGCAACAGGAACAACUGCACCCAGUUCUCCAACAACCUUGACUGGCUGGUCAGCAAGCUGGAGAGACUCGAGUCCUCCUCAGGCAUACUGGAGGUUCUCCACUGCAUUCUAACUGAGAGCCCGGAGGCUCUAAAUAUCAUCCAGAGAGGACACAUCAAGUCCAUCAUCUCCCUGCUCUACAAACAUGGACGCAACCACAAGAUUCUGGAUGUGCUCUGCUCCCUCUGUGUGUGUAACGGGGUGGCUGUAAGAGCCAAUCAGAAUCUUAUCUGCGAUCACCUGCUCCCUAAAAGAGAUCUGCUUCUCCAGACCCGAUUGGUCAAUGACGUCCAAAGCAUGAGGCCCAACAUCUUCCUGGGAGUGAGUGAGGGCUCGGCCCAGUAUAAGAAGUGGUACUACGAGCUGACGAUUGACCAGGUGGACCACUUCUUGACCAGCGACCCCUCUCACCUGCGUGUGGGCUGGGCCACCAACAAGGGUUACGCCCCUUACCCUGGUGGAGGGGAGGGGUGGGGGGGCAACGGGGUGGGGGACGACCUCUACUCUUACGGCUUUGACGGACUUCAUCUCUGGUCAGGUCGUAUCUCCCGGGCGGUGGCUUCUAAUAACCAACACAUCCUGACCUCUGAGGAUGUGGUGAGCUGUUGUCUGGACCUGGGAGCCCCCAGCAUCUCCUUCAGGAUCAAUGGACAGCCCGUACAGGGCAUGUUCGAGAACUUCAACAUCGAUGGACUCUUCUUCCCUGUUGUCAGCUUCUCUGCUGGCGUCAAGGUGCGUUUCCUGUUGGGCGGUCGUCAUGGCGACUUCAAGUUCCUGCCUCCGUCAGGCUACGCUCCGUGUUACGAGGCCCUGCUCCCUAAGGAGAAGGUGAAGGUGGAGCCAGUGAAGGAGUACAAGAGGGACAUGGAGGGGGUCCGAGACCUGCUGGGGACCACACAGUUCAUGUCCCAGGCCUCCUUCAUACCCACCCCUGUGGAGACUAGCCAGAUCGUCAUGCUGCCAUACCUGGAGAACGUCCGGGACAGACUGGCUGAGAAUAUCCACGAGCUGUGGGCCAUGAACAAGAUAGAACUGGGCUGGUCUUAUGGGAAGAUAAGGGAUGAUAAUAAGCGGCAUCACCCCUGCCUUGUGGAUUUUUCCAAACUGCCUGAAACAGAAAAGAAUUACAACCUGCAGAUGUCAACUGAAACCUUGAAGACCCUGCUGGCAUUAGGCUGCCAUGUUGUCCAGGUCAACGCCAACGCUGAAGAGGACCUGAAGAAGAUCAAACUCCCAAAAAACUACAUGAUGUCGAAUGGUUACAAGCCCACACCGCUGGAGCUGUCUGACAUGAAAGUGACCCCAGGUCAGGAGCUCCUGGUGGAGAAACUGGCGGAGAACGCCCACAACGUGUGGGCCAAGGACAGGAUCAAACAGGGUUGGACCUACGGCAUUCAGCAGGAUGUGAAGAGUAAGAGGAACCCUCGCCUGGUGCCAUAUUCUUUAUUAGACGAGCGCACUAAGAAGUCCAACAGGGACAGCCUCCGUGAGGCCAUCCGCACUCUGAUUGGCUACGGAUACAACAUCGAACCUCCCGACCAGGAUGGCGGCCAUGUGGUGGAGAGACUUAGCAUUGACAAAAUACGCUUCUUCCGUGUGGAGAGAACGUAUGCGGUGCUGACAGGGAAGUGGUACUUUGAGUUUGAGGCGGUGACGGGAGGUGACAUGCGUGUGGGUUGGGCCAGACCUGGAUGUAAGCCGGAUGUAGAGCUGGGUACUGAUGAGCUGGCUUUCGUCUUUGAUGGAUACAAGGGUCACCGUCUGAACAUGGGCAGCCGUUUCUUUGGGCGUUGUUGGCAGGCAGGGGAUGUGGUGGGCUGCAUGAUCAACAUGGAGGACAAGUCUAUGAUUUUCACCCUCAAUGGAGAGAUCCUCAUCACCAACAAGGGCUCCGAGCUCUGCUUCGCCGACUUCGAGACGGAGGAUGGUUUUAUCCCAGUAUGUAGUCUGGGCCUGUCCCAGGUGGGUCGUAUGAACCUGGGGAAGGAUGCCAGUACCUUUAAGUACUACACCAUGUGUGGUCUCCAGGAGGGCUUUGAACCCUUCGCCGUCAACAUGAACCGUGAGGUCACCAUGUGGUUCAGCAAACGCCUCCCCACCUUUUUCAAUGUGCCAAAGAACAACAACCACAUAAUGGUGACCAGAAUAGAUGGCACCAUCGACAGCCCUCCCUGUCUGAAGGUGAGUCACAGGACAUUUGGGACCCAGAACAGUAAUGGUGACAUGGUAUACUGUCGUCUGAGCAUGCCCGUGGAGUUCCACACCUUCUUCAAGACCAGCCCUGUCAUGGACAUGAACGGAGUGCACGAAGAGCACGAGUCCCUCAAACUCAAACACAGGUCAGACCUCUGAACACAUUCACUGUUGUACAACACAAACACAACUUCUAAAAGCACGUUAUCUUCUCACAUUUGAAAUAUUUCUUCAACGCUCAUGUUUUCCUCGUAGACAUCCACUGAAGUCCAUGAGACACAGUCAUGACGGAAUAAGAGGAACAGAUUACAGCAACAUCACCACGGUAUGAAGUGGAUGAUAAACAGCUACUGAUGGUGCUUGGUAUAAUGUCACCAUUAUAGACUUCAGGUGUUGUAGAUCAAGCUAACCUGCCACCAUGUUGUCUUGCAGUACUACUACUCUGUCAGGGUAUUCGCUGGUCAGGAUCCAUCCUGCGUGUGGGUGGGCUGGGUCACCCCAGACUACCAUUACUAUAGCAACCACUUCAACCUCAGUAAGAACCGGACGGUGACAGUUACCCUUGGAGACGAGCGUGGGCGGGUCCACGAGAGUGUGAGAAGGAGUAACUGCUACAUGGUGUGGGGAGGGGAUGCCACCAGCUCAGGCCACUCGUCAAGUCGCAGUAAUGUGGACCUGGAGAUAGGCUGCCUCAUUGACCUGGCCACUGGCCUGGUGACUUUCACUGUCAACGGCAAGGAGCUGGCCACCUCCUACCAGGUGGAACCCAACACAAAGCUGUUUCCUGCUGUGUUUGUGCGACCGACCAGCCCCAAUCUCUUCCAGUUUGAGCUAGCCAAGAUAAAGAACACCAUGCCUCUGUCGGCGGCCAUCUUUAAGAGUGAACAUAAGAACCCAGUGCCUCAGUGCCCUCCGAGGCUGGACGUCCAGACCAUCAACUCAGUGCUGUGGAGCCGCAUGCCCAACACCUUCCUAAAGGUGGAGACAUCCAGGGUCAGUGAGAGACACGGCUGGGUGGUGCAGUGUCUGGAGCCCCUCCAGAUGCUGGCUGUGCACAUACCUGAGGAGAACAGGUGUGUUGACAUCAUGGAAUUGUCUGAGCAGGAGGACCUGAGGACGUUCCACUACCACACCCUGAAGCUCUACUGUGCCCUGUGUGCACUGGGUAAUACCCGUGUAGCACACGCCCUCUGCAGCCACCUAGACCAAUCCCAGCUGCUCUACACCAUCGACAACCAGUACCUGUCGGGCAUGCUGCGUGAGGGCUUCUACAACGUCCUGAUCAGUGUUCAUCUGGAGACGGCCAAGGAGGCCCGCCUCAUGAUGAACAACGAGUUCAUCAUCCCUGUCACUGCCGAGACUCGCAGCAUCCGCCUGUUCUCCGAUGCCACCAAGCACCACUCUCCUCCCGGCGUGGGCCUCAGCACCUCCCUGAAGCCCCGGCUCAACUUCUACCCUCCCUGUUUCAUCAGCACCAAGAGGGAGCAGCAGCUGUACAGCCCCCAAAUCCCCCUGGAUGCCCUGAAGGAGAAGGCCAUCACCAUGCUGACCGAGGCCGUACAGGGCGGUGGGCAUCACAUCAGAGACCCUGUAGGGGGCAGCGUGGAGUACCAGUUUGUGCCCAUCCUGAGGCUGAUUGGCACGCUGCUCACCAUGGGUGUGCUGGGCAGUCAGGACGUUCAUAAGAUCCUGCUGCUUAUCGACCCCAACGUGUUCGCGGAGCAUCAUGAGGAGGCGGCCACCGCGGUGACGGAGGCCGCGGAGAAGGAGGGACUGACAGGUGCCGAGGAGAAGGCGGUGGAGGCCGGGGAGGAGGAGGCUGCCAAAGAGGUCAAGCAGCCAAUCAAAGGUCUGCUGGAGAAGAGGCUGCCUGAGCCAGUCAAACGACAGAUGUGUGAGCUGCUUCACUACUUCUGUGACUGUGAGCUGAAGCAUCGCAUCGAGGCCAUCGUGUCCUUCUCAGACAGCUUUGUCUCCAAGCUGCAGUACAACCAGAAGUUCAGGUACAACGAGCUGAUGCUGGCCCUCAACAUGUCUGCUGCCAUCACCGCCAAGAAGACCAAGGAGUUCCGCUCCCCUCCCCAAGAACAGAUUAACAUGCUGUUGAACUUCAGUACGGGGGAGGACUGCCCGUGUCCAGAGGACAUUCAGGAGGAGCUCUAUGCCUUCCACAACGAGCUGCGGCUGCACUGUGGAAUCCCUAUGGAGGAAGAGGAAGAUGACCAGGACACGUCUAUUAAAGGUCGUCUGCUGGCCCUGGUCUACAAGGUCAAAGGUCAACCUCUGAAGACUGAAGAGGAGCCCACAGAGCAGGAACAACAAGCCCCCUCCAACCUGAAGGAGUUGAUCUCCCAGACCAUGGUGAGCUGGGCUCAGGAGUGUCACGUCCAGGACCCCGAGCUUGUCAGAGUGAUGUUCAGCCUGCUGAGGAGACAGUACGACAGCAUUGGAGAGCUGCUCCGGGCCAUGAGGAAGAGCUACACUAUCAGUGCUGCCUCUAUACAGGACACCAUCAACCUGCUGGCCUCUCUGGGUCAGAUCAGAUCACUGCUAUCCGUACGCAUGGGCAAGGAGGAGGAGAAGCUCAUGAUCGACGGCCUGGGUGACAUCAUGAACAACAAGAUAUUCUACCAGCACCCCAACCUGAUGCGUGUUCUAGGCAUGCAUGAGACGGUGAUGGAGGUGAUGGUCAACGUGCUGGGAGGAGGCAAGUCCCAGGAGAUAGCGUUCCCCAAGAUGGUGGCCAGCUGCUGUCGCUUCCUGUGUUACUUCUGCAGGAUCAGUCGUCAGAACCAAAAGGCCAUGUUUGACCACCUCAGCUACCUUCUUGAGAACAGCAGCGUAGGCCUUGCAUCCCCAGCCAUGAGAGGCUCGACUCCUCUAGACGUGGCUGCCUCCUCUGUGAUGGACAACAACGGCCUGGCAUUGGCCCUGGAAGAGCCCGACCUGGACAAGGUGGUGACGUACCUAGCAGGCUGUGGGCUCCAGAGCUGUCCCAUGCUGCUGGACAAAGGUUACCCUGACAUCGGCUGGAACCCCAUAGAGGGCGAGCGCUACCUCUCCUUCCUGCGCUUCGCUGUAUUCGUCAAUGGUGAAAGUGUGGAGGAGAACUCCAGUGUGGUGGUGAAGCUACUGAUCAGGCGUCCAGAGUGUUUUGGCCCGGCUCUGAGAGGAGAGGGGGGUAACGGGCUGCUGGCAGCCAUGAAGGAGGCCAUCAAAAUCGCAGAUAACCCUGCUGUGGACUUGCCCUCCUCCGCCAAGGGGGUCAGCUCUGACGUGUCUGCUGAGGACGAUGAGGAGGAAGAGGUGGUGCAUAUGGGCAAUGCCAUCAUGUCCUUCUACUCUGCCCUCAUCGACCUACUGGGACGCUGUGCCCCAGAGAUGCACUUGAUCAACAAGGGUAAAGGGGAGGCCCUGCGAAUCCGUGCCAUCCUGCGCUCCCUUGUGCCCACUGAAGACCUGGUGGGCAUCAUCAGCAUACCCCUCAAAAUGCCUGUCGUCCACAAAGACGGCACUGUGACAGAGCCUGAUAUGGCAGCCAGUUUCUGCCCGGACCACAAGGCCCCCAUGGUGCUGUUCCUGGACCGGGUCUAUGGUAUUGAGGACCAAAGCUUCCUACUUCAGCUGCUGGACGUGGGCUUCCUGCCCGACCUGCAAGCCUCUGCUUCUCUGGACACGGAGGUACUCAGCACCACAGAGACAGCUCUGGCCAUGAACAGGUACAUCGGCUCUGCCAUGCUACCCCUGCUCACCCGCUGUGCCCCCCACUUCGCUGGCACAGAGCACUAUGCCGUGCUCAUUGACUCCACACUGCACACCAUCUACAGGCUGUCCAAGGGCCGCUCGCUCACCAAGGCCCAGAGAGACGCUAUCGAGGAGUGUCUGCUGGCCGUCUGCAAGUACCUCCGUCCCUCCAUGCUGCAGCAUCUCCUGCGACGCCUCGUCUUUGACGUGCCCUUGCUGACGGAGUACUGCAAGAUGCCUCUCAGGCUCCUGACCAAUCACUACGAGCAGAGCUGGAAGUACUACUGUCUGCCGUCAGGCUGGGGCAGCUACGGCAUGGCCUCAGACGAGGAGCUGCUCCUCACAAAGAAGAUCUUCUGGGGCGUCUUGGAUUCGCUCUCACAGAGGAAGUACGAUGCAGAUCUCUUCAAGAUGGCCAUGCCCUGUCUGAGUGCCAUAUCUGGGGCCUUACCGCCUGACUACAUAGACGCCACCAUCAGCACCACCCUGGAGAAGCCUGUGUCUGUGGACGCUCAGGGCAACUUCGACCCCAAACCCAUCAGCACAGCCACCAUAUCUCUUCCAGAGAAACUGGAACACAUUGCCAACAAAUAUGCUGAGCAUUCCCAUGACAAAUGGUCAGCAGAGAAGGUGAUGUUGGGAUGGAGGUAUGGGGACUGUAUAGAUGACAAGGCCAAGACUCACCCUCUACUCAGGACCUACAAAGGUCUGACAGAGAAGGAGAAGGAUAUCUACAGGUGGCCUGUGAGGGAGACUCUGAAGAGCAUGCUGGCUAUGGGCUGGAACAUCGACAGGACCAAGGACGGAGAGACCAUGUCCCUACGGGAGAGUGAGAAGAUGCGCAAGAUCUCCCAGUCCUCCUCUCAUGCUAACGGUUUCAACCCGACCCCAAUAGACACCAUCAAUGUGGUUCUGUCUAGAGAGUUACAGGGCAUGGUGGAGGUUGUGGCUGAGAAUUAUCACAACAUCUGGGCUAAGAAGAAAAAGAAUGACCUUGGAAUUAGAGGUGGGGCAACUCACCCUCUGCUGGUGCCCUAUGACACCCUGACCGCCAAAGAGAAGGCCCGGGACAAAGAGAAGGCCCGGGACCUGUUCCGCUUCCUGCAGAUCAACGGCUACGCCAUCACCAGAGGUCUGAAGGACAUGGAGCAGGACUCUUCCUCCAUGGAGAAGAGGUUUGCCUACAAGUUCCUCAAGAAGCUGCUGAAGUAUGUGAACUCAGCCCAGGAGUUCAUUGCCCACCUUGAGACCAUGGCUACCAGUGGGAAGACCGACAAGUCGCCUCAUGAGCAAGAAAUCAAGUUUUUUGCCAAAGUCCUCCUCCCUCUGAUAGACCAGUACUUCAAGAACCACUGUCUCUACUUCCUGUCUUCUCCCAGUAAGAACCUGAGCAGCAGCGGCUACGCCUCUAAUAAGGAGAAGGAGAUGGCCACCAGCCUGUUCUGUAAACUGGCAGCUCUUGUCAGACACAGGAUUUCCCUAUUUGGGAGUGACUCCACCACCAUGGUGAGCGUUCUCCACAUCCUGGCCCACACACUGGACACCAGGACGGUGAUGAAGUCUGGCUCAGAGCUGGUGAAGGCGGGGUUAAGGACGUUCUUCGAGAACGCAGCGGAGGACUUGGAGAAGACACUUGAGAACCUGAAGUUGGGGAAGUUCACCCACUCCCGCUCACAGAUGAAGGGCGUGUCCCAGAACAUCAACUACACCACGGUGGCACUACUGCCCAUCCUCACUGCCCUGUUUGAACACAUCACCCAGCACCACUUUGGAGUGGACCUGCUCUUGGAUGAUGUCCAAGUGUCCUGCUAUCGUAUCCUGACCAGCCUCUAUGCGCUCGGGACUGGGAAAAACAUCUAUGUGGAAAGGCAGCUGCCGGCCCUGGGGGAGUGUCUGGCCACCCUGGCAGGGGCCAUGCCUGUGGCCUUCCUGGAGCCCCUGCUCAACAAACACAACCCCUGCUCUGUGUUCAACACCAAGACCGCCAGAGAACGGGCCAUCCUGGGCAUGCCAGACGCCGUGGAGGAGAUGUGUCCGGAGAUGCCUCGUCUAGACGUCCUGAUGAAGGACAUCAACGACAUGUCUGAGUCUGGGGCGCGCUACACAGAGAUGCCCCACGUCAUCGAGGUGGUGCUACCCAUGCUGUGUAACUACCUGUCCUACUGGUGGGAGAAGGGCCCAGAGAACCAGGCGUCUCCGCACAGCGGGGGAAGUGUUGGGGGCAGUGUCUUCUCCACCACCGUCACCUCAGAACACCUCAGCCUCGUCCUGGGAAACAUCCUGAAGAUCCUCAACAGCAACCUGGGCAUCGACGAGGCCUCCUGGAUGAAGAGGAUCGCAGUGUACGCCCAGCCCAUCAUCACUAAGGCCAGGGCUGUUCUGUUGAAGAGUCACUUCCUGCCUACACUGGAGAAGCUGAAGAAGAAGACAGUGAAGGUGGUGUCGGAGGAGGAGCUACUGAAGGCUGACAGUAAGGGAGAUACCCAGGAGGCUGAGCUGCUCAUCCUGGAUGAGUUCGCUGUGCUCUGCAGAGACCUCUACGCCUUCUACCCAAUGCUCAUCCGCUAUGUAGACAACAACAGGUCCAGGUGGCUGAAAGAACCAGACGCUGACUCCAAUGAACUCUUCAGAAUGGUGGCUGAGAUCUUCAUCCUCUGGUGCAAAUCACAUAACUUCAAAAGGGAAGAGCAGAACUUUGUGGUUCAGAAUGAAAUCAACAACCUGUCAUUCCUGACUGGUGAUAGCAAGAUCAAGAUGUCAAAGUCAGGGGGUCAGGACCAGGAGAGGAAGCAUAAGAGGAAACGAGGAGAGUUCUACUCCAUCCAGACCUCCCUGAUCGUGGCUGCCCUGAAGAAGAUGCUGCCCAUUGGACUCAACAUGUGCACCCCCGGGGACCAGGAGCUCAUCUCCCUGGCCAAGACACGCUAUAUCCUGAAAGACACAGAUGAUGAAGUGAAGGAGCAUUUGCGGCAGAAUCUGCACCUUCAAGAGAAGUCAGAGGACCCUGCAGUGCGGUGGCAGCUGAACCUGUAUAAGGAUGUGAUGGUGAAGAACGAGGGGCCUCCAGACCCUGAGAGAACAGUGUUCCGGGUCCAGAGCAUCUCAGCUGCAGUCUUUCAUCUGGAGCAGGUUGAGCAGCCGUUGAGGUCUAAGAAGUGUGUGUGGCAGAAGCUGCUGUCCAAGCAGAGAAAGCGUGCGGUGGUGGCCUGCUUCCGCAUGGCUCCUCUCUACAACCUGCCCAGGCAUCGCUCUAUUAACCUCUUCCUCCUGGGCUAUCAGAGAAUAUGGAUAGAGACAGAGACGUACUCUUUUGAAGAGAAGCUAGUGCAGGACCUGGCAAAGACCCAACUGAAGGUGGAGGAGGAGGAAGAGGAGGAGGCAGAGAUGCAGCCAGACCCUCUUCAUCAGCUCAUCCUGCAUUUCAGUCACAAUGCGCUCACUGAGCGGAGUUCUUUGGAAGAGGAUCCUUUGUAUAUUGCAUAUGCAGACAUGAUGGCAAAGAGUUGUGCAGAAGAUGAAGAAGAGGAAGAUGAAGGAAAAGAGAAAACGUUUGAGGAAAAAGAGAUGGAGAAACAGAAGACUCUGUACCAGCAGGCCAGACUGCAUGACAGAGGAGCUGCUGAGAUGGUGUUACAGAUGAUCAGUGCCAGCAAAGGUUCACUUGGGCCCAUGGUGACCUUUACCUUGAAGCUGGGCAUCUCUAUACUCAACGGGGGCAACAUACUGGUUCAGCAGAAAAUGCUUGACUAUCUGAAGGAAAAAAGAGAUGCUGGCUUUUUCAAGAGUUUAUCAGGACUCAUGCAGUCUUGCAGUGUCCUGGACUUGAAUGCAUUCGAAAGGCAAAACAAAGCAGAAGGUCUUGGGAUGGUGACUGAGGAAGGAUCAAUCAACGUGAGUGAGCGGGGUUCCAAGGUACUGCAGAACGAUGAGUUCACUAAGGAUCUGUUUAGGUUUCUGCAAUUGCUCUGCGAGGGACACAACAACGACUUCCAAAACUUCCUGCGGACUCAGACAGGGAACACAACCACAGUAAAUAUCAUCAUCAGCACUGUGGACUACCUGCUCCGUCUGCAGGAAUCCAUCAGUGAUUUCUACUGGUACUACUCUGGGAAAGACAUCAUGGAUGAGGCUGGCCAGCGGAACUUCUCCAAAGCCCUGGCUGUGGCCAAGCAGAUCUUCAACUCCCUCACUGAGUACAUACAGGGCCCGUGUAUUGGGAACCAGCAGAGUCUGGCCCACAGCAGGCUAUGGGAUGCAGUGGUGGGCUUCUUGCAUGUGUUUGCCAAUAUGCAGAUGAAGCUCUCACAGGACUCAAGUCAGAUUGACUUAUUGAAGGAGCUGCUGGACCUGCAGAAGGACAUGAUUGUGAUGAUGCUCUCCCUUCUGGAAGGUAAUGUUGUCAACGGAACCAUUGGCAAACAGAUGGUGGACACCCUGGUGGAGUCCUCCAGCAAUGUAGAGAUGAUCCUCAAGUUCUUCGACAUGUUCCUCAAACUCAAAGACCUGACCUCCUCGGACAACUUCAAGGAGUACGACCCGGACAGCAAGGGAGUGAUCUCCAAGAAGGAGUUCCAGAAGUCCAUGGAGAACCAGAAGCAGUACUCCCAGUCAGAGAUUGAGUUCCUGCUCUCCUGCGUCGAGGCUGACGAAAACGACAUGUUCAACUACGAGGAGUUUGUUGAACGUUUUCAUGAACCGGCCAAGGACAUUGGUUUUAACGUGGCGGUCCUGCUCACCAACCUAUCAGAACACAUGCCUCACGACGCCCGUCUAGCCACCUUCCUGGACCUGGCUGAGAGCGUAAUCAACUACUUCGAGCCCUACCUGGGCCGCAUCGAGAUCAUGGGCGGGGCCAAGCGCAUCGAGAGGGUCUACUUUGAGAUCAGUGAGUCCAGUCGUACGCAGUGGGAGAAACCCCAGGUCAAAGAGUCCAAGAGACAGUUCAUCUUUGACGUGGUCAACGAGGGCGGGGAAAGCGAGAAGAUGGAGCUGUUUGUCAACUUCUGUGAGGACACCAUCUUUGAGAUGCAACUGGCCUCCCAGAUCUCUGAGCCUGACUCAGUGGAGCGUCUCGAGGAGGAUGAGGAAGACAGCCAGAGUGUGGAGGAGGAAGGGGAGGAGGAAGAGGAGGAGAGCAUGAUUGAGUCUCACUCAGCCUUCACAAACUCCUGUGUCUCCAUGAGGAAGAACCUGUCCAGCUUCCGCCAGCUGCUCACCUUCAAGAGCAUGAGGCGGCAGUACAGGAAUUUCAGGAAGAUGAGUGUGAGGGAGAUGGUUCGAGGGUUAUUCUCCUUCUUCUGGAAGAUAAUCACGGGCCUCUUCCGCUUCCUCUACAACCUGGUGUGGGGCUUCUUCCACAUCUUGUGGUCCUCCAUGUUUGGUGGGGGCCUGGUGGAAGGGGCAAAGAACAUGAAGGUUACAGACAUCCUGGGGAACAUGCCUGACCCCACACAGUUUGGUAUCCAUGGCGACGUGCUGGAGGCAGAGAAGAUGGAGGCGAGCGAGGCAUCGUCGGUUGCAGAGAUGGUCCAGAUGGCCCAAGUGGACAAGGCAGAGGCCGACCUGAUGGCUGAGCUGCUCAACAUUCAAACCAAGAGCCAGGGGGGCAAGCACGCAGCCGAGCCAGGUCUGGGGGACAUGGGGGAAGUGGUGGGGGUUGACGCCCCCUCUUUAGCCACUGCCGUCAAACAGAAGAAAGCCAAGGAGGCUUCUACUAUAGAGCCUGCCAAUGGAGAUCACAAAGCCAAGCCAGAGAAGGCAGACCCAGAAGACGAGGAGAAGAAAGACAGGGACGAAGCCAAAGAGGAGACUCCGCCUGAGUCCCCACCAGAAGAGGAGAAGAAGGCCCCCAAGAAGAGACCGGGACUAAAGAAAGAGCCCCCAGAGGCCUUCAUGGCCAGAUUCUUCUCUGGCCUGGAGAUCUACCAGACCAAGAUGUUGAACUAUCUGGCCAGAAACUUCUACAACCUGCGUUUCUUAGCGUUGUUCGUUGCUUUCGCCAUCAACUUUAUUCUGCUCUUCUACAAAGUGACUGGCGAUGAUGGGGAUGACGAUGAUCCAGACCCUUGGAACGGUGGUGGAGGUACUGAUGAAGAGGAGGAUGAAGGUGGGAUGGAGUAUUUUGUCCUGCAGGAGAGCACCGGCUACAUGGCACCUACACUGCGCUUCCUGGCCAUACUACACACAGUCAUCUCUUUCCUGUGUGUGGUGGGAUACUACUACCUGAAGGUGCCUCUGACGGUGUUCAAGAGAGAGAAGGAGAUCGCCAGGAAGCUGGAGUUUGACGGCCUCUACAUCACAGAGCAGCCGUCAGACGAUGACAUCAAAGGGCAGUGGGACCGCCUCGUCAUCAACACCCCUUCCUUCCCUAAUAACUACUGGGACAAGUUUGUGAAACGCAAGGUGAUCAAUAAGUAUGGAGAUCUGUAUGGAGCAGAGAGGAUAGCAGAGCUGCUGGGGCUGGACAAGAGUGCUCUGGACUUCAACCCCACAGAGGAGACAGUGGUGAAGGAGGCAUCGCUGGUGUCCUGGUUGAGCUCUGUCGACACCAAGUAUCAAUGCUGGAAAAUGGGUGUGGUGUUUACAGACAAUUCGUUCCUGUACCUGGUGUGGUACACCACCAUGUCCAUCCUGGGUCACUACAACAACUUCUUCUUCGCUGCCCAUCUGCUAGACAUCGCCAUGGGCUUCAAGACCCUCCGGACCAUCCUGUCCUCAGUCACCCACAAUGGCAAACAGCUGGUUCUGACUGUAGGUCUACUGGCGGUGGUGGUGUAUCUGUACACUGUGGUGGCCUUCAACUUCUUCCGCAAGUUUUACAACAAGAGUGAGGAUGAGAACCAGCCGGAUAUGAAGUGUGACGACAUGAUGACUUGCUACCUGUUCCACAUGUAUGUUGGUGUGAGGGCAGGGGGUGGCAUCGGAGACGAGAUAGAAGACCCUGCGGGCGACCCCUACGAGCUCUACCGCAUCCUAUUCGACAUCACCUUCUUCUUCUUCGUCAUUGUCAUCCUGCUGGCUAUCAUCCAGGGUCUGAUCAUUGAUGCUUUUGGAGAGCUGAGAGACCAACAGGAGCAAGUGAAAGAGGAUAUGGAGACCAAAUGUUUCAUCUGUGGCAUCGGCAAUGACUACUUUGACACGACGCCUCACGGCUUUGAAACACACACCUUACAAGAGCACAACUUGGCCAACUACCUGUUUUUCCUGAUGUACCUCAUCAACAAAGAUGAGACAGAACACACUGGCCAGGAGUCAUACGUGUGGAAGAUGUACCAGGAGAGGCAAUGGGACUUUUUCCCCGCUGGAGACUGUUUCAGAAAGCAGUAUGAGGAUCAGCUUGGAUAGUCCUGACAGACAGGAUUGCAGUCCUACAGAGAGCUGCUCCAGAUCCACUCCCACUUCCUCUUAACAGCUGAGGAUGGUUGAUAACCAUUCACCGCCUAUUGCCUCCUUGAAAUCUGAGAGACUGACUAGAGGAGAGGGGAGAUGCUAUCUUUCAUAUGGCGGAAUAACCAUUUUCACAUCAACAUCAAAUGUACUUCUACAUGUUACCUUUGGUACAGAGAGUGAUUUUACCACAACCUGCCCAGACAUUUGAUUUCAGUUUGGUACUAUUUUUUCAUUGUUUUUUGACAAGGUGUUGCCUUUUCCUCCACAUAACCCCAAACCAUUGCACAAAUGUUUGUCUUUUUGAGAAACACUGGGUUGUGUGGGGUUAUGGGACAACGUGUGAGUCUGGGCCCGUACGAAUAUGCACAAGAAGACUACUUCAAUAUUUCAAGAAUGAUGAAAAUGACACUUAUGCCAAAAGAUAGGGGGAACAGAUUUAUACAGAGAGCCAAUGUGAUAUAAGAAGGUUUUUAAGAUGUUGUUACAGUCUCGUGCUUGCAGAGAUGAAGUAUUGAAUAUCGAGGACUUGACAAGGUGAACGGUUUAUUAUAUGAUGAAAUGCCUGAAUCAAGUACUGAUGAAGUGCCUUAUCUACAUUACGACACAGCUAUGCAAAACCAUGUGUUUUUCUUUCUGAGAUGGAAGUGCAGUAGUUUUCCUGGAUAGCUGUUCGGAGUCAUUUGUUUGUGGCUUAUGUUUUUCAUUUGAAAAAGUAUGAACAGUAUUGAGUUUUUUGCCAACUGCAGCGUCCUAACUGCAAACGUACAUGGUACAAAGAGUAUAAAUGACACACGUCUAAGUAUAUCACGUCAGAAUUGAUUAAACACCUUGAAACAAAAACAACAAGAUAAAUUGCUAUUGUAUGGCCAUUUGUAUGUAGUAACUUUGCUGAACCGUGCAUUUUUUCUGAAGGGAAAAUAAAGAAAU